AUGCUUGCCGCGACGUCGUUCGGGUGGGUGGCGAAGCAGAUUGACAUGCUGACGGGCGAGAAGGGGCGUAGUGGGGUGAGCAUCGAGAACAUCAAGACAAAGGGGCUGAGGGCUUUGCGAGACAACAUGGUGGAGUACAUCUGCAAGCGCAUCGCCGAAAACUGCUCUGCGGCGCCAACUUCACAAGCCGUCGGCCCCGCUGACAGAGGAAACGGUGGAGGAGGAGGCGACGCUGCGGCAGGUGCAGAACGGAAGGAAGAGGAGUCGGGGUCGUCGGAGUCGGGGUCGGGGUCCGAGUCGGAGUCGGAGGAGGAGGACGAGGCGGUGAAGCAGGACGAGGAGGACGAGGAGGAGGAGGACGGGAAGGAUGAGGAGGGGGUGGAGGAAGAGGUGGAGUACGAGGUGGAGUACGUAGACGGUACGGUUGAGGUGGGAGCGGCGGAAGUGGCGGUAGGGUCGGCGGAUGAAAGGAACGAGGAAGCGGAGGAUGGCGAUGCGGGUAAUGCUACGAGGUCGGCAGAUGGGGGGAAGGAGAAGGAUGAGUUCGGCGUGGAGGCAAUGAUGGAAAAGGGCCAGGAGGAGGCGGCAUGCGAGGGAAGUGGGAAGGUGCCGGUCGACGCCGGCGAAGGGGCGAACAUCACGGGCGUGCAGGAGACGGGGGAAGCAUCUGGUCGGCAGGGUCCUGAACUGGACGACGUCGAGGAGCUUCGACGGGAGAACUGGUUGUUGAGGGUGGAGAACGCUCGGCUGGCGACGUUGCUCGAUGAGGAGAAGGCUCGGCUGGACAGUUUCUUUGUGGGGUACGUGGACUCGUCGACAAGAUGA